AUGGGCACCAGUACGAACCAGUACGAACCAGUACGAACCAGUGAGACCCGGCGCAUCCUGAGCGUUACUUUAGGGACCAGUGAGACGCGGCGCAUCCUGAGCGUGCAGCCCAGCUACGAGUGGACGUGCUUCAGCCACUCCCUGCUCAACGUGUCCCCGAUGCCGGUGGAGUCGGCGCCGCCGCUGCCCUGCCCCACCCCGUGCACCUGCAGCGCUCGUGCCACGCCUGCCUGGCCUCGCCCGGCGCCGACGGCGGCUGGCAGCACUGCCUCUGGAGCCUGGCACUCAACCAGUGCCUCAGCCCCAGCUUCGCCCCCCUGCUCUGCCUCGCCGGCACCUGCGGCCGCCUCCUCCGUGGGGGGGGCGCUUCUGGAACCUUCGGGGCGCUCCCCCCCCACUCUGGCGGUGGGGGAGGGGUGCCGGGGGUCCCUCCCGGAGGUGGGGAGGGGUCUGGGAGCGCUGCCCCCCCCCCGAGUGCGCGGGAGCCUCGCAGUGCUCGCAGUGCCUGCGGCGGCCCCGCUGCGGCUGGUGCGCCCGGGGGGGGCACAACGGAGGGGGGCGCUGCCUCGAGGGGGGGCUCAGCGGGCCCGGCACGGUGUGACCCAGGCGUGCGGGGCCGGCGGGAUUUGGGCUUUCCUGAGCUGCCCCCCCGAGGACGAGUGCGAGAACGGGCACCACACCUGCGGGCCCAGCCAGGUGUGCCAGGACCUACCUGAGGGCUUCACCUGCACCUGCAAGGCCGGCUACAGCCCCGACAGCCGCACAGGUGAGUGCCGCCCCGUGUGCCGCCAGGGCUGCGCCAACGGCACCUGCCUGGAGCCCGACAGGUGUCGCUGCCACUUCGGCUUCGUGGGCGGGGACUGCGCCACGCCCUGCGCCUGCAACGGCCACAGCGACUGCGCCGGGCCCGGCGCCACCCGCACCUGCCUCAGGUGCAUGAACAACACCCAGGGCCCGCAGUGCCAGCGCUGCCGCCCGCUCUUCGUGGGCUCGGCGCUGGGGGGGGGCACCUGCCUCACCUGCCGCUCCUUCUGCCGCCACCGCGCCGACGUCUGCGUCAGCCGCGCCGAGCUGGAGCGGCACCGCCGCGACCCCGACAGGUACCCCCUGGAGCCGCACCUGAUCCACACCUGGGUGUCGGAGGGCCCCAGCGAGGCGCAGGCCGUGUGCGUCAACUGCCAGAACAACAGCGUGGGCGACAGGUGUGACACCUGCCGGGCGGGGUACUUCCUGCUGGACGGCACCUGCACCAGGUGCCAGUGCAACGGGCACGCCGACACCUGCAACGAGCUGGACGGCACCGGCUGCCCCUGCCAGAACAACACCGAGAGCGGCGCCUGCCCCGAGCGCAGGGACUGCUACCGGCACCAGUGCUCCAAGUGCCGCGACUCCUUCCAGGGCCACCCGGUGGGUGGCCAGCAGUGCUACCGCCUGCUGGCGGUGGAGCAGGAGUACUGCCUGGACCCGGCGUCGCAGAGCCACUGCUUCCCGCCGCCGCAGCGCCGCCCGCUGCCGCCCGGCCGCUCGGUGCCCUUCGCCGUGCAGCCCAAGUUCACCAACGUGGACAUCCGCGUCACGCUGGACGUCACCUUCGGCGCCGUGGACCUCUACGUGGCCACCUCCUACGAGACCUUCGCCGUGGACGUGGAGCCGGGCACGGGGUGGCACCGGGUCAGGGUGCAGGCGCCCCCAGCCCCACCUCACCCCCAGCCCCACCUCAGUGGCCAAACUGGCCAAACUGGCCACAGUGGUCACUCCAUUGACCCCAGACCUUCUGGUAGCCCCCAGCCCCACGUCGGUAGCCACCCCACCCCUCCGUGGCCCAGCCCAGCCCCUCCCACCCUACUGGAGGAGCGCGCCCACGGCUUGGUCACCUACCUGACCAUCGGCCACCCCGUGCCCGCCCUGGUGGUCCGCGGCGUCCGCGACCGCCUGGUGCUCACCUACCCCCACCAGCAGCACCCGCUCAAGUCCACCAGGUUCUACCUGCUGGUGGUGGCCGGUCCGGAACCUUCUCAGGGGCUGCUCUUCUUCCGGCAGGACCAGGCCCACAUCGACCUCUUCGUCUUCUUCUCGGUCUUCUUCUCGUGCUUCUUCCUCUUCCUGGCCGUCUGCGUGCUGCUCUGGAAGGCCAAGCAGGGCCUGGACGCGCGGCACGAGCGGCGCCGCCAGCGCCAGGAGAUGUCCAAGAUGGCCGCCAGGCCCUUCGCCAGGGUCACCGUCUGCUUCCAGCCCUGCGGCCACCCAGGGCCAGCGCCGGGCUACCGAGGCUGGGAGGUGGUUCUGGAGGUGGCCACCAAAGUUCUGGAGGUGGCCACCAAAGUUCUGGAGGUGGCCACCCAGGUUCUGGAAGUGGCUACCAAUCUGGAGGUGGUUACUCAAUUUCUGGAGGUGGCCAGCAAAAUUCUGGAGGUGGCCACCAAAAUUCUGGAGGUGGCCACCAAAAUUCUGGAGGUGGCUACCAAAAUUCUGGAGGUGGAUACCAAAAUUCUGGAGGUGGCUACCAAGGUUCUGGAGGUGGCUACCAAUCUGGAGGUGGCCACCCAAGUUCUGGAGGUGGAUACCAAAAUUCUGGAGGUGGCCACCACAAUUCUGGAGGUGGCCAUCAAAAUUCUGGAGGUGGCUACCAAGGUUCUGGAGGUGGCCAUCAAAAUUCUGGAGGUGGCCAGCAAAAUUCUGGAGGUGGCCACCAAGGUUCUGGAGAACCCCCCGAAAUCCCUCGCGGCCACGCCCAAAGCGGGGGCGGGGCUUACGCGUUUGGGGGCGGGGUUUGCCCCGCGCUUGGGGGCGGGGCCAGUGACGUUGGAGCCCACGGAGGACGGCGUGGCCGCGGUCGCCACUUUGCUCCUUCAGUUGCCCGGUGGUCCCGGGGGUCCCCCCAGGGCCGCGCUGGGCUCGGCGCUGGUCGCGCUCCGAUUGG